UGAAUCGCCGAGUUCCAAGCAUGGAAGGAGGAGGGCUAGGCCUCACCGUGUGCGUGCUGACCGGGGCCUCCCGGGGUUUCGGCCGCGCCUUGGCCGGGCUGCUGGCCCCGCUGCUUUCGCCCGGUUCGGUGCUGCUCCUAAGCGCACGCAAUGAGUCGGCGCUGCGGCAGCUGGAGGAGGAGCUAGGCGCGCAGCAGCCCGGCCUGCGAGUGGUGCGAGCAGCCGCCGAUCUGGGCACUGAGGCCGGCGUGCAGCAGUUGCUGGGCGCGGUGCGAGAGCUCCCCAGGCCUGCUGGGCUGCAGCGCCUGCUGCUCAUUAACAACGCAGCCACUCUUGGGGAUGUUUCCAAAGGCUUCCUGAACGUGAAUGACCCAGUUGAGGUGAACAGCUACUGGGCUCUGAACCUGACCUCCAUGCUCUCCUUGACCUCGGGCACCCUGAAUGCUUUCCUGGAUAGCCCUGGUCUCAGCAAGACUGUGGUCAAUAUCUCAUCCGUGUGUGCCCUGCAGCUCAAGGGCUGGGGACUGUACUGCGCGGGGAAGGCUGCCCGAGACAUGUUGUGCCAGGUCCUAGCUGCUGAGGAACCCAGCGUGAGAGUGCUGAGCUAUGCCCCAGGUCCACUGGACACAGAUAUGCAGCAGUUGGCUCGGGAAACCUCCAGGGACCCAGAGUUAAGGAACGUACUGCAGAAGUUGAAGUCGGAGGGAGAGCUGGUACGCUGUGAGACAUCAGCGAAACUGCUGAACUUGCUGCAAAAGGACACCUUCCAGUCUGGAGCCCACGUGGACUUCUACGACAACUAAAGCCGUGCCCUGCUGACUGGCGAGAUGGCUCAGUGGUUAAGAGCACUGGCUGCUCUUCCAGAGGUCCUGAGUUCAAUGCCCAGCAAGCACAUGGUGGCUCACAUC